AUGAGCGAACAGGAUGUCGCAGAUUACAGGAAAAGCUUAGGAAUUCGUGUUUCUGGUUUUGAUGUAUCAAAGCCAAUCAAACUCUUUGAAGAUUGUGGGUUCUCUACUGCUUUGAUGAAUGCUAUUUCCAAGCAGGGCUAUGAAAAGCCAACACCAAUACAGUGCCAAGCUUUACCUAUAGUACUGUCUGGUAGAGAUAUUAUUGGCAUUGCAAAAACAGGUUCCGGAAAAACUGUGGCAUUUGUACUCCCUAUGAUUGUUCACAUUAUGGACCAGCCCGAAAUUGAAAAAGAAAAAGGUCCAAUUGGCAUGAUAUGUGCUCCCACCAGGGAAUUGGCACAUCAAAUAUAUCUAGAAGCCAAGAAGUUUGCGAAGCCUUACGAUCUACGAGUUGCCGCUGUCUAUGGUGGUGUUUCAAAGCAUGACCAAUUUAAAGAUCUUAAAGCAGGUUGUGAAAUAGUUGUUGCUACUCCAGGGAGAUUAAUAGACUUGCUGAAGAUGAAAGCCUUGAAGAUGUUUAGGGCAACUUACCUGGUGCUCGAUGAAGUUGACCGGAUGUUUGACCUUGGGUUCGAGCCGCAAAUACCUAUCGUUGGCCAAAUCAGACCGGACCAACAGACACUUCUUUUCUCUGCGACCAUGCCGUAUAAAGUCGAGCACUUAGCUAGAGAAAUUCUUGUAGAUCCUUUUAGGGUUACCGUCGGUGAGGUUGGAUGGGCCAACGAAGACAUCGCCCAACUUGUCCACGUAAUUCCUUCUGAUUCUAAGAAGAUGCCUCGGCUGCUUGAGAAGUUGCCGUCAUUGAUUGAUGAUGGGGAUGUUCUUGUCUUUGCGUUGAAAAAGGUAACAGUAGAUGAAAUCGAAAGCCAGCUGGUUCAGAAAGGGUUCAAGGUCGCGGCACUGCAUGGGGACAAAGACCAGGCCUCUCGAAUGGACACCUUGCAGAAGUUCAAAUCGGGGAUUUACCAUGUUCUAGUUGCAACUGAUGUUGCCACUCGUGGGCUAGACAUAAAGUCGAUAAAGUCAGUUGUUAACUAUGAUAUUUCAAAAGACAUGGACAUGCACAUCCAUCGUAUAGGGAGAACUGGCCGUGCUGGUGAUAAAGAUGGGACGGCCUACACUCUUAUUACGCAGAAGGAGGCACGCUUUGCUGGUGAACUAGUCAACAAUUUGAUUGCUGCUGGUCAAGAUGUUUCUGUCGAAUUGAUGGAUCUGGCUAUGAAGGAUGCAAGGUUCAGGUCCAAACGUGAUCAAAGAAAAGGUUCAGGUAUGUGUACGCUUGUCAACUCAGCUUUCCGAUAUUUGUUCUUAACCAUAGAAAAUAUUUUCUCAGGAGGUAAAAAAGGUGGAGGAAGAGGAAAAGGAGGUGGUGGCGGUGGUAGCAGGCGAGGUGUUCGUGGUGUUGAUUACGGCCUUGGAAUCGGUUAUAAACCCGAGGAGUCAAAUGCAACAUCUCAGCCAGCUCCAGGUAGAUCUGCUGCUGUUAAUUCGCUGAGGACUGGGAUGAUGCAACAGUUCAAAUGCAAUUUUGUUGCUGCCGCUUCGAGUUCUCAGAGCAAUAAUAGAACCCCAAGCGGUAGUGCUCCCAGCGCAAGACCCGUUCUACGAGGUUUUGUUUCUGGUGGUACGAUGGUGGAGAGGCAGCAUAUAAAACACAACCGGUCGCUCCUUUAA